UCCCACUAAGAGUCUGUGAUGUUAUACUAGAACAUCAGAAUUUGAUUUCGACGUGAACUACUCUAAUGUGGACAUAGCUGACCUCGUGAAGACUGCGAAAUGGUUCAAGGAUUUUCUGAGAUAGCCGCAAUGUGUGUCGGGCUGUUUGGCCUGAUCGGGGCGGCGGCUACUACAGGGAUGCCCAUGUGGAAGGUGACAGCUUUCAUUGGGGCAAACAUAAUUGUGAUGGAAACCCGUUGGGAGGGCUUGUGGAUGAACUGCUACAGACAAGCCAACAUCAGGAUGCAGUGUAAGGUGUACGAUUCCCUGCUUUUCCUACCCGCGGAUUUACAGGCAGCCAGGGGUCUGAUGUGCUGUUCUCUGGCCCUGUCGGGACUGGGGCUCCUUGUGGCAAUGGCAGGAAUGCGUUGUAUAUCCUGUAUUCAGGAAAAUGAUCGGGCCAAAACUAUCAUCCUCCAGGUUGCAGGUGGUAUGCAGUUCAUGGCCUGUGUCUCUGUCAUUAUCCCCGUGUCGUGGACUGGUCAUGUCAUCAUUCGAGAUUUUUAUAAUCCUUUGCUAAUCGAUGCUGAGAGAAGGGAGCUUGGAGAGGCUCUCUACAUAGGUUGGGUGACCAGCGCCUUCCUUUUCGCCUCAGGCAUGUUGUUCGUCUGCCGCCGUAGACCUUCAGAGAAAGGCUCAUUCAACGUGUACAACCAAGCCAACUUGCUACGUUACAAGCCAGCAGCCAGCAGGCCGACUCUAAUGAGGUAUCAUCCCAUUUCGAGUGUUCCCAGCCUCCCAUCAAAUGCUUACCAUCCUUCUCUGCAGGCCAACGGCUAUGUUGGACAACAAUUUGAAACACCAAUGCAAAACAUCCCCCGAGUGAUGACAAAUGAUGGAACAUUAAUCAGCCCUCCUGUCGUCUAUAAUCCAGGUUCGCCUGACAAUCAGUCAAUUUUAUAUCAAGACAGCCUGGCUCACCAUUCUUCCAUGCACAGUUCUAACCAUGUUGAGAGCUUGUAUACACCAGGCAACUCUUUGUACAUGAGCCAGAACACCACACCAUAUUCCCUGACUUAUAUGACCAAUCCUGCUGCAUCCUACCAGUCCAGUAUUCAUCCGGUUCCACACACUCCUGUGUUCAUAGGGUAUACAUCAUCAAGGAGACAACUACAGUCUCGCAGUGGAAGCGGCCCUGGUGUAUACAUCUAGACAAAGAUUGUGAGUGGGUUUUUAUUAACUGGUUAAACAUUAAAAGACACUAUGCAUUAUAGUUCAUCAUCACAAGCUUAUUUCAACUGCUGUACAUAAGAGGCAGGAUGAAGGUCAAUUAAUGCCUGACGCCCAGACUAAAUUGCUUGUCUAUCUGUUGUUGAUUUUUUACAAUUAAUACACAAAAAAGACAAGGUUGAAUAUAACUGCUAGUGAUGUUAGUGUAAAUAUAGAUUCCGGUGGGCUGUUUCAAACUUGUUUUUCCAAAAUAGAAAGAACCUGUGUUUUGCAUUUUUUGUAUCCGUCUUAUAUGUAAAGAAUGUGUGUUGGUUAUGUUUUAGUGUGUUAUUUUUAAUUGUCUUUUACUAACGGUAUAACUAAUUUAAAGCUAUUUGUUAGAGUUGUUUGUCAUACGUUUGUAUUAAUAACUUAUCAAUAAACAACAAUGUUA